CAUUCAAAAGCAUCAAAUAGUUUGAAAUUGCGUUCAAAAUGAAUUAUUUUUGUGUUUCAAUAAUUUUGGCAAUGAUUUCUUCUGCUUAUUGUGGGGGAAUAGAUGACAUGAAACGAGAUUGCAUGGAGCAGGAAGGUGCAUCUCAGGCGGAUGCGGAUGCCAUGAACCAGCUUCAAUUUCCGGAAACACGCACGCGAAAGUGCUUUUAUGCUUGCAUCUUCGAAAAAAUGGGCACUUCCGAUGGGCAGCGGUUCGACACGGAACGAUUCCUGGAGAUUGCGGAAACUCACUUCAAGGAUGACCAAAAUAUGCUGAACGCCGUUCGCGCGAUAGCGGACCGCUGUGACGGGACGGAGAAUGACGACCGGUGUGAGUUGGGCGCCGACAUUGCUGCCUGUAUGAAGGGGGAGUAGUGGGGAUGGUUUAGAGAUGGCUUGAAAAUAAACAAAGUUUUGCUACGGUUUUA